AUGGCUUCUCAGGAUUUGGAAGUCGACGAGUACGCCUCGGACUCGGCAUACACAGGGAACGAUGACUCGAUAUACACGUCGAUUGCGUCCAGCAUUCGCUCCUAUCGCCACGAGCACGGCAGAACGUACCACGCUUUCAAAGACGGCGCAUACUUCAUGCCCAAUGACGAGAAGGAGAACGACCGCCUGGAUAUGCAGCAUGCGAUGUUCGUCAAGACGAUAGACGGCAAACUCCAGCUCGCACCGAUCGGCGAAGUUCAUAAUGUCCUCGAUAUUGGAACUGGAACCGGGAUUUGGGCCGUGGACUUCGCCGAUCAACAUCCCUCUGCCCAAGUCACUGGGACGGACCUGUCCCCGAUUCAACCUCAGUUUGUGCCACUGAAUUUGACGUUCCUCGUGGACGAUGCGGAAGACGAGUGGGUAUUCGAUAACAAGUUCGAUUUCAUCCACGCACGAAUGAUGUGUGGAUCCUUCGCAGAUUGGCCCAAGUUCAUCCAGCGGACGUUCGACUGGUUGGAGCCCGGUGGCUACGUCGAAAUCCAAGAUAUCGGCAUGCCGUUCAAAUCGGACGACGACACCCUGAAUCCGGACACGGCGCUGUGGAAAUGGAGCGACAUGCUCAUCCGAUCCGGCGAGGUCAUCGGGAGACCCCUCAACCAUUGCGGACAUCUCACGAAAUGGAUGGAAGACGCAGGUUUCGUCGACGUCGUCGAAGUGGUGAAAAAGUGGCCUCAGAAUCCGUGGGCCAAGGAUCCCGAGAUGAAAGAGCUGGGCCUGUGGAACAUGGCGAACAUGCUGGAGGGAAUCCACGGUCUUUCCAUGAGGCCGUUUGUUGGCGCGCUCGGAAUGACGCCGGAUGAGGUGGAGGUGUUCCUUACUGAUGUGCGGAAAGACGUCAAAAAUCCUAGGAUCCAUUCGUACUGGGUGAUGUACUACGUGUACGGACGGAGACCUGCAUGA